AUGAGCACGCCAAACAUUGGCAGCCACUCUGCCAUUUUGAAAACUUCCAUCGCACUUUGUGAACGAUUCGCAUCCUCUCUUACGCCGGGGGCUCAGAUCGACUUGCCUCCCACGAACCCGGACUCACCAUCUCCGCUCAUUCUAGCCGAUGCAGCUGCUGCGUCGUUAAAAUCACAAGUGACCAAGCUAUCCUUGCUGGCCAUCACCACUCCCUUCACACCGUCUGCAGUCGCAACCUGCCUCAAACCACUGAACGAGUCGAUCUUGACAUCCCUAGUAACAGCGGCACUUCUGACCACCCCCGAGUCAUUUACCGCUUCGUUCUCUGCAGAGUGCCGUUCCCUUACCGCUACCGCUCUCCGCGAUACGCAGGCACUGUUACAAUUAAUUGAAACACGAAGUCAAGAUGGGAACCCAAAGGCUGAACUGUCCGAAGCGCAAAAGAAGGCUUUCACGGAAGCCACCGGUCGUGUCUGGGAUGAUUGUGACAAAUUAGUUCGCUUGGCAAAGGGAGGAUUGCCUGGUUACGUGAUUAGAAAGUCCAAGGAAUGGCUUGAUCUGAUGAAGGACGCCGUCAGGGAAUUUGAAGAGUGGGACCCGGCAGAGAAUAUUGAUGAUGACGACCCAUUUGGAGAGCGACUGAGCGAUGACGAGGAACCCGAAGACUUGGAGGAGGAUAAUGAACGUGACAGAAUUGCUAUCUCGGCCGGACUCAAAGAGCAAGCCCUCAAGGUUCUCAACCGAAUUCCUCAAAGCAUUCACGUUGUCAUCAAACAAAGACUCGAAAAGAUGGAGCUGUCGAAUGAAGUAUCGAAUUCUCAGGUAAAGCAGCUGGACACGAUACUCAAGCGGAAUCGUCAGGUAUCUGAACUCAUCGACGAGUCGGCAGAGGGUAUGUAUCUUGGGGACCCUGAAAUCUGCCUCAAAAAGGCCGGGGAGGCUCGUGCUGUGACGAUAGAAGUCGUCGAGUCAGUAUUGAAACCAACGUCUCAACAUGAAAAUGCCACUUCAAAAGAGUCUAAAGAGGACAGGUAUGUCCAAAGAGCGUUGGAGUGGAUUCAACAGGUUGAUGCUGGGCAAUUUACCAAGAGUGAAACAUCAAAUUCAAUCAAUCACAAUACUUGAACACUAUCGAAGCUUUACAAAAGUCUGGAUCUUAUACUCGGUUUCCCUGGGCUGGUAUCCAGGUCACUUUCUCAAUACGAAGUCCUCUUUGGACCCAAAGAAUUGUCAACCAGGUCCCUAGCAAAGCCCACACAGUAGGCACACCCCAUCCGAGGCUCCAAGCGACAUGAUCGCUAACGAACCAUAUCACGGUCGCCAAAGCUCCUCCAAUCACCACUGCGGAAAUUGACCAAAACCAAAGCACUUGCAUGAGCAAGGUUCUGAACCGCGGAGAAGCGUUGUACCUUGCUAGAGCUGCUUUCCUGUAUUUUUUGCCACCCUUACCAUCCACAGCACAAAUAUCCUCCAUGAAAACGAAGGUCAGUGGUGGACACACGGUGUUUCUGACGUGGGAGCUGAGCCUGAAAUGCAUCAAUCUCCACCGCCGCUGGGCUGCUAUUCCAUUAAUCAGAAACAUCAAGCCCAGGUUGAUCAUACCAACAGGCAUCG